GCACGCCGCGUGUCUGUGCCAUUUUCAGACUCGCAGACCGCUCCACAAGCCAACACCAAAAUUUAGGAAUGCGCAGGUGUUGGGCGCGCGCAGUUUCACCUCUGAUCAUCGGGUAGCCGACGCUAAUCUAGCCGCCGACUGGGCUAGCCUUUGCGCCACAAAAGAAAAAGAUGGAGGAGCUCAAGGAGCUGAAGAAAAAGGGCUUCUGGAAACUGUUUCGGAGCAAGAGCUCGGCGGCCAAGGACGAGAAAUCGGAUACCCCGAGAAGGGCAAGUGACGGAGAUGUGGCCGCCCGCAGCCGAAGGCCGGAGGACCCAGCAGAGCCCUCGCCUCGCCGACGAAGACCACGGCGGACAGACCCGGGCGUAGUCAAGGGCAAGGGUCGCGAGGACCCCCAAGGGGUCCCCUACGACCAAGGGCCGCUGACCGAGUGGCCGCCCUCGGGCAUGUCGAGCAACGAGGAGCUGAACCUGGGACCGGCAAUGCAGCUCAUCUCCAGAGGAGUCCCGGCCUUCAGGGGCCACAAGAGGGCCAUCCCACACGCUGGCGAUGAGUUUUACGCCCUGUUUGCGACUGCCGCCGGGAACCGUGGUGACGAGACCGAUGCGGCCAACCAGCACGACUCCAUGACGCAGCUCAUGACACUACGGCUCGCCCGGUCAGGGCCAGCGACCUACCCCUGGGAGACGCUGGAGCAGCCGAGCUAUUCGUUCUGUUUCGGCAAGCGCCCGGGUACCAUCACGCUCAAUCACUGGGUGAGUCGGGCAAGCGUGAUCCCGCCAUUCAAACAGAUGGUAAACCCGGGGGUGGCACCCCGCGAGAUCAGCCUCGAGGGCAUAUUUGCACGGCUCAAGGAGCUGGACCGCGGACUGGAGGACGACGACGAGGAGCUCAUGUACAGGAAUCUCUACAAGCGGCUGCUCAAGGACCCCGACAAGUAUACGAAUCCGCACAAGACGCUAGAAAAGCAGAUCAUCGACCUGAUCAUGGUCCUCUCGACGCCCGGCUGGCUGGACUUCAGGGAGCCAAAGAACCAGGUCGUCACCAGGUUCAUCUUCGACACGAGCUCGGCCAACCGCGAGACGUACCGGAAGUUCUGCCACCAGCUGCUCCUCAGCCUCGAGCUGGAGCUCCGGAUUCAGUCGAGGCAUCACCUGAUCGAAGCAAAGGAGAAGCUGCUGGCCCAGAUCCCGCCGAAGAUACAAUGGGACCUGGCGUUAGCCCGCAGGUGGCGCGACAACAUCCGGGUCGACGAGUACGGCAGCGAGCCGGACAACAUCCGGCUCCGGUACAAGCUUAAGAGACGCCAGGUCAAGAUGCUGAAGCGCUUCGCGCAGAUGAUGAAGUGGCCGAACCUUAGCGAGACGCUCGGCAGCCUCAAGCGGCGCGAUGAGGAAUCGACCCUCGACCUGGUCAGCUCGCACGCCAUGGCCUUCUUUAGCGGGCUCGUCCUGCCCGGCCCGACCUUCACCUUUCUCAUCAUGAACGCCCUCAUCGACAUCGACCCGGACAGGGCGACCGACGACCUGACGCUGCUGACCCACGCCCACCCGAGCUGCGGCUUCCAGUACCGCAACAGCUACACCUACUGGACGGCGACCUCCAUCGUCGGCAAGGUCCUGGCGCCCACCUGCCGCACGCUGGCGGGCUGGGUCGGCCCGGCCCGGCCGACCGCCGACCUCGGCCGCAACCAGAUCGCCCGCAUCCGCGCGCGCCGCCCGCCGGCGGACCGCGUGACCCCGGAAGACGUGCAGUCGAUGCCGGAGCGCUCCGAUCCGCUCGGUCCGCCAGCCCAGGUCUUCCCCGUCAAGGAGUACGCGCUCGUCUCCCCGGACCGCGACGACGACGCGUACCUGGCCGACCUUGUCCGCAUCGAGCUGCUCAGCCUGCGCCCGUGCGGCGGGAGCGGCCACGGCCACGGCAACGGCAACAGCACCGCGCCCACCAACACCCCGUCCUCCUCAACCCCGUCCUCCCCGGCCCCGCCCGGCUCCUCGUCGUCGUCCAAGCCGGCAGCGGCCCCGCGGUACUACGACGCCUGGGUGCAGUUCGCCAUCGACGGAGUCUCGUGGCCGCUUCGCCUCGCCUUCGACGUCUCCUUCAUCUCGGCCUGGCCCUGCUCCGACGGCCCGCACCCGCUCUUCUUCGACUACGCCUACACGCCCGUCAAGGCGGACCAGCUGGUCAGGGUGCGCGAUUGGAACGGCGUCGGCAGCGUGGGGCGCAACGGGCAGCACGGUACCACGACGACGACGACGACGACGACGACGGGGGUCUCGAGCCCCGACACGCUGAGCGGCGGGGACGACGAGCGGGUGCUGGUGGUGGAGGCGUUCGGCGUGCCGGACAACGAGGUGCUGGCGCGGGCGUGGUGCGCGCAUUGGGGGCUGAGCGCGGUGGUGGCGGACCUGGGGAGGACUUGGUGAGUUUUUUCCCUCCUUUCGAACCGUUUCUCUUUUCUCUCUCUCUCUCUCUCUGCCCAUUCAAAGUUGUUGUGCUGACGGUUUUUGUCUGUUCGUCUCUAGCAUGGCGUGUGCGAUUCGCGAGGCGUAUGCGGCCACUGUGACGGUGGUGAUCUUGGUGGAUGACGAGCAGGAUAGGAGGGAUGAUUAGACUCGACCUCGGUUCGUUGUCUGUUUUCCGUUUUCUUUUCCUU